GUUGAUGAUAAAUAAUCUCAUGUUUGUACAAGUUGUAAUUAUACUUUGAUUUGUGCAAAUCCUAAUAUUUAUAGUUUUGUAAUCAUAUAGGCUAGGUUGUUAGCCAUGUGGGCAUGUUUAUAUGUAAAACAUUCUAAAGAACAAAGAGGUCCACUACCGCAGAGGCGGAGAGUAGCGGCAGGGGGUUGGCAGCCGUUACCAUAAUCGCCGCUAAUCAAGAAGGAUCCUGGCAGAGAUGUGUGGCGGUCAGGUAAAAGCCACAAAACUCCCCUGGAUAGCGGCUGGGGAGUGAACACCGCUGCUAAAUUAGGAAGUAUAUCUUCGGGCUUACUCAUUUCACUUCCUGGUGCGAACAAAGCGGGAGAAGAGGCGCCAAACAAAACCACCCCACCCGGCGACUUCUUCAAUAAACGCCACUAGAAACCCGCGAGUUGAGUUUGGUAGCGCGCCAACCAAGAGCGGGAGCACAGCCGAGAAAUAUCAAGGAAGAACCCACCCAGAAACCCCCAAUUUUUCAAGCUUUCCCCUAUCAUCCACAAUUCCUGAAGCUCAUACCCUCCCCUGUCGAGUUGCGCAGCUGCCUUCGCGACCAGUCCCCUGGCACUGGAAGCUUUUAUUUUCUUUUCACUUUUUGGACUUGGAACCAGCAAUUCUUUCACCCAAUAAUUAUUUAGAAAGCACAGAAUUUUGCAAUGAGUAAGCCUCCUCCCCAAUACCUAUCGUGUGCUACAUGUUACCUGGGAAGCAAGUAACUUUUAUAAAUUUAUUUCCGUUUUGAGUUAUUCCGUCGCUCUUUACAUGGUUUUACUUGUAAUAUAUUAUCAAGUUUAUUACGUAUGGCACUCUCCCAUCUCAUAAUUGUGAUAAACUGUUGUUGGUUCUCUUGACACACUCCCCAUUUUUUCCUUUAUUUUAUUACAAGUGCUAUGUAUUUUGAUACUAUUUUUUUAUUUAUUUCUGCUAUUUCAUUCAUUUAGACAUUAAUAAGAGUUGGAUUACAAAGCCUAGAGGGAGUGUAGAAUAUAAGGAUGGUCUAAAUAGAUUCCUUGAUUUCGCAUUUGCCAAUGCAUCAUCCGAUGGGAUGAUACAUUGCCCAUGCCCUUUGUGUGGGUUCCGGUGCUACCAAACUAGAGAGGAUGCGUACGAUCACCUUCUGAUGAAACCCUUUCCCCCUAACUAUACCUUUUGGUUACAUCACGGUGAGAAGAUCGUAGACGAGGGAUCCAGCGCUAGGGAAGAACUAGAACCUAAUGUAAAUUUAGGAGAUCAAAUGCGGGACAUGGUCCAGGACGCAUUCAACUUCACGGGACUGCAAAGUGACGAUGAAGACUCGAUGAAUGGGCAUGUCGGAGACGUUGCGGAGGGGUUGCCAUACUUAUCUGAUGAACCUAGCUGCGAGGCUCGUGCCUUUCACGACUUGCUUGAGGACGGCGAGCAGGCAUUAUAUCCGGGAUGCUCAAAAUUCUCGAAGCUAUCUUUCUUGGUUAGGCUGUACCAUAUAAAGUGCAUGUGCGGAGUGAGCAACAAGGCUUUCGGAUUGAUUCUAGAGCUACUGGGGGAUGCCUUUGAGCAUGCAAGGAUUCCGAAGACCUUGCACGAUGCCAAGAGGAUCAUAAGGAAGCUCGGCAUUGGGUAUAAGAAGAUAGAUGCAUGUCCAAAUGACUGCAUGCUAUACCAGGGUACAGACCAAGACUUGUCUAGAUGCAAACGGUGUGGGGCAUCCAGGUGGAAGCAAAAGACCAGGAAGAAUUCUUUAGUCAGAAUCAACACCGUUGUCAAGAAGAAUGGGAAACCUCUACCGGCGAAGAUUCUCCGUUACUUUCCUCUAAUUCCACGGUUGCAGCGAUUAUUCAUGUCCAGCAAGACAUCCGUUGACAUGUUGUGGCACAAGAGAGGAACCAACUCUGACGGUUUCUUGAGGCAUCCCAGGGACGGCUGGUGGACGAAAUUGUGUUCCUUAAUUAAUGGCUCCUUGGCAUGUGCCAAAGAGAACUAAUUUAACUAACUGAUUACUUGCUCAGAGCACAAUUCCGUUCAACUGACCAGCAAGUGUACUGGGUCGUCCAAGUAAUACCUUACGUGAGUAAGGGUCGAAUCCACAGAGAUUAUUGGUUUGAAACAAUCAAUAUUUAUUUUAUUAAUCUUAGUUAGGAUGUCAACAAGGAUUAAUUUGGAUUAAAAGUGAAAUUACUGGAUUUCAUAAAAGAGGGAACAAUGUUACUUUGAUUUGCAGCACUGGAGAAUAUGUUGGAGUUUUGGAGAUGCUUUGUCCUUUGAAUUUCUACUCUUCCUUGAAAUCCUCUUCUC